CUCUCUCUCUCUCUCUCUCUCAUAAGAAUUGAAAGAAGAAGGAAUCAUCAAGAAGCAGUAGUAAUAAAAAGAUACUUGAUUGCUUUGCUUGCAAGUUGGAACCAUGAUGCACCUCAAGGAAACUGAGCUAUGCCUUGGCUUGCCCGGCGGAGGCGGUUGUGAGGCUGAGACGUUAAAGGUCACCGGAAAACGUGGUUUCUCAGAGACUGUUGAUCUCAUGCUUAAUCUUCAAGCAAAUGAUCAGUCCUCAUCUUCUACUGAUCUCAUGAAUGACAAGAAGUUGCAGAACUCAUCCAAGAACAACAAAGAUGUGAUCAAGCCACCAGCCAAGGCACAGGUGGUAGGAUGGCCACCAGUGCGAAACCAUCGCAAGAACCUGAUGGCUCAAAAGAGCCACAAUGAGGAAACUGAGAAGGUGGUUGCACCCACCUCCACCGGCGGCAGCGGUGCAGCGGCAUUUGUGAAGGUUUCCAUGGAUGGAGCACCAUAUCUUCGUAAGGUGGACCUCAAGGUGUACGAGAGUUAUCAACAACUAUCUGAUGCUUUGGCCAAGAUGUUUAGUUCCUUCACCAUGGGAGAUUAUGGAUCCCAGGGAAUGAUUGAUUUCAUGAAUGAGAGCAAGUUGAUGGAUCUGCUUAACAGUUCUGAGUAUGUUCCAAGCUACGAAGAUAAAGAUGGUGACUGGAUGCUAGUCGGAGAUGUCCCAUGGCAAAUGUUUGUUGAUUCUUGCAAGCGACUUCGAAUCAUGAAGGGAUCGGAUGCAAUUGGACUCGCCCCAAGAGCAAUGGAGAAAUGCAAGAGCAGGUGCUAAACUCAUGAAAUCUGAAGCAAACCCUAAUCUUGAUUCAAGUUCAUGACAACUUCAAAAUCAUCUAAGAACAUGGAUUCAGUGGAUCAAGCUGUUAAUGUUUGAAUGUGUUUGGAUUUGUUUUUGUUUUUUGUUCUUGAAGAAAAAACUUAAGUUUGAUAGUAUAUAGAAUUUGUCAAUUAAAGAUGAUUUUGGACAUUUGUAAUGGACAAAAAACAAUGAAUCUCCUACUGGCUUGCCUCACAAAAGAUAUUUGGAGUGUUUAAUAUUGUUUUUAUUUUUGAUU